AUGCCAACUCCUUUAAGAACCACACAUAGAGAUUGGGCAAACCCCCACCCCAAUCUCAAAGAGCCAACUGAAAUUUUAAUAAAAACCUCCUAUGGGCCUAUAGGCAGAUGUGUUGAAGACUUGGUCUUGGUCUUAAAAUCAUGAUGGGAUAAAAAUUUUUGGAAAUACGAUGCAUAUGUAAUCCCCAAGCCUUUUAAUACAAAAUCAUAUGAAAAAAUGUCUAAUAAAAAACUCCGAAUUGCCUAUUUUGAUGAUAAUCAAGUUUUCCCUUGUGCUGAAGUUGUUAAAUCAGUAAUAAGAGAAACAGUAAACAAGCUGAAAAAUGAUGGCCAUGAGCUCGUAGAAAUGAAUACAGAUUUCUUUGCGCAUGCAUUUGAGUAUGCAUCUAGACUGUUUUUUGGUAUUGACCCUAGCAUAAUUGUGGAUGAGCUACAAGGAGAAAGCCCUACAUUCCCAUUCAAGCCUCAAUAUAUCAGCUCAGAAUGCUCAAUUUCAUCUAUGUUUGAGCCAGCAGCUCUUUCUAUGUCAGGAUAUCAUCAGCUUGCAGAAGCACUUAACGCACCAAGAAUUUACACCUUAAAAGAAUUUUGUGUAUUUGCUGAACAAGUAUGUCUUUUUAAAUCAGAAUUUACAGACUAUUGGAACCAAAUGGGAUUUGACUGUGUAAUUUGUCCUGUAUGGCCACUGGUAGCCCCACAGCAUAACAAAACUGAGUAUUUAUUCCCUGCAUUUUCUUAUUUAUAUUUUUGGAAUAUCAUGAGUUUUCCAGCAGGAGUUGUGCCUGUACGCAAGGUCAAAAAAGGCGAAGAUAUCUAUAACGCAACAUUAAAUGAUGGUUCAGCUAAAAUCGCAAAAGAAAUUAUGAAGGAUAGCGUUGGGCUGCCAGUAGCUAUACAAGUAGCAGGCUUUCCUAACUCUGACGAAAAAGUAUUAGGCGUGAUGAAGCUUCUCGAGAAUUACUACGAUUUCCACGAAUAUCCUUUAUAA